AUGCUCAUCACAUCGGUCAAACCAGCGACCUCGUCAGCGCCCAGAGUUCCGAAGAUCGAGGUCAUAGAAAUCUCCGACGACGAGGAUGACGAACCUGAGAACGUCUGCAGGGCUUUCUCGAGGGGAGCAUGUCGACGACAGGCAGUACCAAAGAGGGAUUUCGUAGAGAUAGGGACUCUCCCCACUGAGUCCGCCAAACGCUUGAGAAUUUCGAAUGCAGCGCCCAGUGCCCAAAAGCUCAAUAAUGGAGUCCAGUCGCGAGAGAGCUGUACCCACGCCGGAGACCUUAUUUCGGCUCGGGUCGGGAAUUCUGACGAGAAUGAUACCCGCAACGGUAUGCUCUCUGCUUCCCUCAGCCGGGAAAUGACACCGACCUGGGGCCCCACGAAUGAUUUACGCGCGCAAACAAAGACCCCAAAAGCUCCGCCCUGUUCCGGAACAAGCUCGCAACCCACGCUUCGGCCUCCAGAGCAGAGAAACAUCCAGAUCAAAGAACCAGCUCCCGCAGAUCUCAAGCCGGAAUUCGGGAAUUCGGAACCGGAAGUGAAGCCGGGAGCUUCUGGAAUCGCGCGAUUGGCAAAUGGCGAGCGGACGUCAGAGUCUAUCGCUGGCGAAGAGAAGACAGGAGAUCCUCCGGAUCCUCCGCCCGCGCCCUCGCAUGAUGCUAUUUCACCCCAAAAACAGUUCCUCAAACCGCCGAGUCCGAAGGCUGCUCUUUCGAAGAAGGAUUUCAUGAACUUACCUCUUGAAGAUGUUGAUCUUCUUGUCGCAAAGUAUGGUUCGCACAUUGUUCAGAACAUUACCAUAAAGGAUAUUCAGGGUAAAGGCAUAGGCGAGUUGAAUCUCCCGAAAAACGUCAAGGUCACGCCACAGCUGAAGCCAAGAUUGAAGUUCAAACUACCGAUUUCGGCAGACGAUGAAGUUAUUGUGAUAUCCGAUGAUGAAAUCGCCCCCGACAAUGCAUCGCAGGAAGCUUCGACAGACUCCGCACCGGAUAAUUCAAGCCAGGUAUCCAAGACGGACUUCAAAGCUCAACGGGACUUCUUGGCCAAUUUACAAUUAUUCCACGCUUUCAAACCGAAAAAACCUUUGAAGAAAGACAUCGCCAACGUUUUAAAGACCCGCAACAUCAUGAAAGCGUACAUUGCGAAUCCGCUGGUCAGUAUAUUGAAAGCUGAUUGUAUAUACAAAUACGUGACCAACAAGGGAAUCCUGAGUUGUGAACAGUUCCGAGCGAAAAGGGAAGUACCUCGUCGGAGAAAGAAAUCGGCCGCUCCGAACAAAAGCUACCGCAAUAAGAAUCAAGUGUCGGGAACGAGACAAUCGGGACGGAGGCAGACCGUGAACUACUCUGGUUUCGAGCCAAAGCGCUUCGUCAGACGUUUCCUCACAAAGAAGCUUAAACAAAACAUCCGCCAACACGAAUUAAAAGGGAUAUGGACUUCAUAUAGUUGUCCAGAGACGGAGCAUUCUGCGAAAGUCCCUGUAAUUGUUCUCAGCACUAUUGUUCCCGACAACUUGAAGCAGUAUGGGCACAACAUCGACGAGUACAAAUUUGAUGAGUGUGAGCGUGACGCAAUCGCUGCCGAGGCCAAAGAAUUCAAAUGCAAAUGGUGCUCAUUCCACUGCUUGAACGUCCCGAGUCUUCGCGAGCACUGCUUCGAUUACCACGGAAAAAUUUUCCCAACUGUGAUCUAG